AUGAGUCACUCGUCGAAAGCUAAUAACGCCGCAAAUGCCAAACAAGGUGCUUUUAGGCCCUCGGUCCCUCGCGAAGGGCUAAUUACCACUGAGGGUCAUCCAGCCAACGAGUUCGACCAGGGCCCCGAAUACCGCGCUCGGGCGUUCCCUCCCGGUUCAGCCCCAGCAAGCGACACCUAUACCGGCGACCCCGGUGACAACUACAACCUCAAUUUAAACGCAGAGGAAGAAGAAGAGAAUACCUACACAUCGGUGGCGGAUACCUUUAUGGGAGCCACCUCGGGUGAUGUGAACCGCGGCCUAGGCAGACCGAUGCAGGGCCAGACGAACACUGAGGUCAGGCAUAACGGCGCACACGGCCGCAAGAAACAAACAUCCGGCCUGGAAGAUUGUGGUAUUGAGCGCCACUUUGCAGAGCAGCGUGAUCUCGAGCGAGAAGAGGCCAUUGUGGGUGGCACAUGUGGCGACAAGGUUAAUCGUUCCAGUGCUGAAUUUAUCAACGCAAGUGGUUGGCAAGUAAUUUAA